AUGAAGACACUUGCAAAUAUUGUCCUGGGACUUUUUAUAAUAAAAGCAGUUGUAUCUGCUCCUCCAACGGAUAGUGUCAACUAUGACACAGCUGCCUAUGAAGUUGACCUACUCUAUAAUCUUUACGACUAUGAUGAAAACACUAAUAUUGAUCAAGGAGAGAUAGAAAUUGGAACGGUUUUGCCUGUUGUAAAUAGACCAAUUCUUUCUCCUGAGCCAGUUCAAGAAGAAACUGAAGAUGAAGAAGAAUCAACACCAAAAUUAAUUGAUGGAUCUUCACCACAGGGACCCUUGUCUCCUGGAGUCCAAACUCCAGAAGCAAGUGGAGGUAUAUCUACUUGUAUCCUGUGUGGAUGCAUUCGUACCACCGUCUACUGUGAUGAUCACAACCUUGAUGUAGUACCUCCUUUACCCAAGGACACUACACACGUUUACUUACGUUUUAACAAAAUAAACAAGAUAAACAAAAACGAUUUCUCAUAUCUAAACAAAUUACAGAAGAUUGAUUUGACAUCAAACAUAAUAUCAGAUAUUGAUGAAGAUGCUUUUAGGAAUUUGCCUCAGCUUAAUGAGCUCAUACUACUAGAUAACAGAAUAAGACAACUUCCAGAGCUGCCAGACUCUCUAAGUUACCUUGAUGCCAGCAAAAACAGACUUGGACGCAAAGGAAUAAAGCAGGAAGCAUUCAAAGACUUGAGCGAUCUUCGUCUUUUGUACUUGAAUAACAACAACUUGGACCAUAUUCCAAUACCUCUUCCAGAUAACUUGCAGGCUCUUCAUCUUCAGGACAACAACAUUCAGGAAAUGCAUGAAGACACUUUCUGCAACAUGAAAGAUUUUUCAUACGCUCGAAGGUCCCUUGAAGAUAUUCGACUUGAUGGCAAUCCCAUUAACCUGAGUAAAACGCCACAGGCUUUCAUGUGUCUACCUCGUAUACCAGUUGGCAGACUUGUCUAA